CCGCUUUGCUCAGUCUCCGUCCAAUCAGCUGUGGGCUUAUUCGAUGACGACAGAAAGCAACAAGAAGUUUCCAAAAUGGUUCUUGAAAGUACUAUGGUCUGUGUGGACAACAGUGAAUACAUGAGAAAUGGAGAUUUCCUACCAACGAGGCUACAGGCUCAACAGGAUGCUGUCAACAUCGUGUGCCACUCCAAAACACGCAGCAAUCCAGAAAACAAUGUGGGCCUCAUCACGAUGGCAAAUAACUGCGAGGUCCUGACCACACUUACGCCAGAUACUGGCCGCAUCCUGUCCAAACUCCACGCUGUCCAGCCCAAAGGAAAGAUCACAUUCUGCACAGGCAUCAGAGUGGCUCAUCUGGCCCUAAAGCACAGACAAGGAAAAAACCACAAGAUGAGGAUCAUCGCCUUUGUCGGGAGUCCUGUGGAGGAUAAUGAAAAAGAUCUUGUCAAGAUGGCAAAGCGCUUGAAAAAAGAGAAAGUGAACGUGGACAUUAUCAACUUUGGAGAAGAGGAGUUGAACACAGAAAAGCUGACUGCUUUUAUAAAUACCCUGAAUGGGAAGGAGGGGACAGGCUCCCACCUGGUCACAGUCCCUCCAGGGCCCAGUCUGGCGGAUGCGCUCCUGUCUUCUCCCAUCCUGGCCGGCGAGGGCGGCUCUAUGAUGGGUCUUGGUGCCAGCGACUUUGAGUUUGGUGUGGAUCCCAGUGCUGACCCAGAGCUGGCCCUGGCUCUGCGUGUAUCAAUGGAGGAGCAGAGACAGAGACAGGAGGAAGAGGCCCGCAGAGCCGCUGCCGCUUCUGCAGCCGAGGCCGGCGUGCCCACGCCCAGCGCAGAUGAAUCAGAGGAAGCCUUGUUGAAGAUGUCAGUGUCUCAGCCUGAGAGCGGCGCAGCGGUGCUUCCUGACUUCAGCAGCAUGACAGAGGAGGAGCAGAUAGCCUACGCCAUGCAGAUGUCUCUUGCAGGAGGAGAGUACGGUGAAAUGGACGCAGGAGCCCCCAUGGACACUGCAGAAUCAGCCAAGGAGGAAGAUGACUACGAUGUGAUGCAAGACCCAGAGUUCCUUCAAAGCGUCUUGGAGAAUCUGCCCGGUGUCGACCCGAACAACGAGGCCAUCCGAAACGCCAUGGGCUCCCUGGCCUCCCAGACAGGAAACAAGCCAGACGGCAAAAAGGACGAGGAGAAGAAGAAAUGAGGAGCAAAGCUAGAGGAAAAAUGAACAAUUACAGACUAAUGCAGGAUUUCCUAACUGUAAGAAAGAGAUUGCUGAUGCGUCACCUUGCAUGACAGCACUCUGAGAUUUAAUACCACCGUUCUCUGUCAAGACACUCAAAGGCACCAACAUAGCAGAGAGUAAACUACAGUAUCGAAUUACUAGUGCACAAUUUGACUCUAUAAUCUGUUUAGAAACAUAAAUUGGUAUGUAAUGUAAUAUGGGUUCAUUCUCAGAUUGCCUUGUGUGCUCUGACAUUACUCUACGCAGUAUAAGUAAUAAUAAUCGACCCAACAGAAGAAUUUGUGAAGCCUCUGAACUCUGAACUCUCCUGUCAUGUCUUUGUGGAGGUUUUUUUUUUUUUCAAUAAAAAGCUAUGUGUAAAUA